AUGCAAAAAGAUCAAAAAGUGAAGCAUGACAUCAUCCCCUACAGUGCAUCUAUUAGCUUCCUGAACAAGAUUGCACAGUGGCAGGCUUCGCUGCAAGUCUUACAGGUCCCUUUCCAGCAGCUCCGCAUCUUUGUUGACACGGGCAUGUUUGCGGCCGCCUUCACGGCGUGCCGCCUUGGUACAUCUUGGGAAUUAUCCAUCAGCUUCUUGCAGAAAGCCCAUUCUGCCAGUGUUCCUUUGGAUGACGUCUGUCGAAACGGCCUGGUCUCAGCUUUGGUGCGUGGAAACAAGAUCUCAACAGCAAUGGAUCUGGCAGAAAGUGUGGCCAACUUCAACUCCAUCCUGAUGGCCCUGUCCCACCUGUCCCAAAGAAGGGAAGGAACCGGAAAGGUGGCCCUAAAAACAGCAGCUCCUUGGGCCUACGCCUUGCAGGUGCUGGAGAGGAUGGGAAACCUCGGCAUUUUUCCGACACUCGGCACCUUCAAAGCAGCUGCAAGUGCUUCCAAAGAUCGGCCUGACAUGGUGCUUCCAAUCCUGGAGACUUUGAAGAAUUUGAAGACGACGGCAAUGCUGAGUGAGCUGACUGAGCUGACUGAGCUGACUCAUUUUGCUUUAGAAACUUUAGAUGAAACGUCUCUAAAUAUGCUGCUGAGCUCCCUGGAACGAUGUCACCGUUGGCAAGAUGCUCUGUUCCACCUGAGUGUCGCCAGAGAGGGCGGACUGGUACCGGAUUUGGCAAGCUACAACAGCGUGAUCUCAGCUUGUGCCAAAGUGGCACGUUGGAAAGCUGCAUUGGGACUGUCAGCUCAGAUCCCCAUGACAUUAAAGGCAGAUGAAAUCACUUUGGGUAGCCUUGUCUCGGCCUGUCACAGAGGACACUGGAGCUUGGCAAUUCAGCUUCUAUAUGAGGGCCGUAUGCAGAACAUUCAGCCCAAUCGGAUCAUGGUUCAUUCAGCGAUUGUCGCUUGUGAAGGGCAGCAUUGGCCGUGGUCACUCUACUUGUUGGAGGAAUCCAUCUCUUGGCGGGUGGCUCCAGAUUCCAUGUUGAUUGGUGCAGUGAUGUCCAGCUGCGAGAGGGGUCAUCAGUGGGUUCGCUGUUUGCAGCUGCUUAGCAGGUGCUUUGCCAUGCACUGCCCUCCGGACCUGCCGAUGCUCACCAGUUGCAUCAGCGCCUGCGGUAAAUCUCAUCGUUGGGAAGCGAUGGUGGAACUCUUACGGGAGGAUGGUCAUGUUCAUGAAGAGUGCGAUUCUGCCAGCGAUGACCCAAAGGAUGGCCAACUCGUUGGCGGCCUGAUUUUGCGCGGAAAUCACUGCGUGCUGAUUCGGUCCUUGACCGGGGAAUGGGAAGGCAUGCGCCUGCCAUGGGGAGCAGCAGAUAAAGAUGAAAGAGGGGCAGAGGCAGCCGUUCGCAUCGUGUCAGAGCUGUGUGAGAUCGAACACACUCAAGUUCGAGUCUUGGACUUGGCUCCGGCAACUGUGGCAGUUCCAGGGAUGCCCAUUUUUUUACAUGCCCUAUAUGCUGUCGACCCACCACCAGCUGGUUUUGUGGGUGAUGUGGAGGAUCCUGAGGAUUUGUAUGAUUGGUACACUUUCCCUCGAGCCAUGGCAGCCUUGGCCAAAGAUGCCUAUGCGCGCGCAGCCUUGGUGACCAUGGCCUGUGCGUUGGCGGCUGCUGUAGGUAUUGUGCCGAAGCGUUGGGGAGGCGUUUUCGGACAGGAAUGGACCACCCCUGCUUUUCAGAUGCUGCCAGAUCCAGGUCUCAACCUGGAAUCAACGGAGGAUGAGAACGAUGAGGCCAUGGGUUCCCUUGCUUUGGCCACUGAAUGCACGACAUUGCACGAAGAAUGUCCGAUGCAGCUGGAUGCCAGGGAGCUGAUAAACCUGAUGCAAGUGCUGACUUUCCAAGUGCUUCCCGACCCAGUCAUGACGCAUGCUGCCUUGACGGCAUUCGCCAGUCGACCAAGUCGUCGAUAUGAACAAUUCGCCGCGUCUUUGUCGGCAACUAAGGGCUAUAUUGACAAUUCGGAUGCGGCUGGUCGAUGGGCGUGGUCUUCUGGACAGUUGCCAGCCAAAGAAGUCAUGGGAGGCUUCACCCAGCAAUAUCUGGCGGAGGAUUUAGUGGACCUCCGUGACCUACCAUCUCCUCUGGCGAACGCGGCCAUGAGUGACUUCUCCAACAAUGCCUUUCUCCGCAGUGCAGAUCUAGUCAAGAAGAUUUGUGACAACCUGGCCUACAAGCCACUUGAGGUCAACAACUUGUCCUCCAAGUUUGCAAGUGUUUUCAAUGAGGUAGUGAGGAGUCACUCUGAGACUCCAUUUUUGGCCGACAAAAAGAACGAUGGCAGCUUCAAGAAGUGGCUGCUGGCAUGUGGUUUCGAGGUUGGUCCUCUUUUUGAGCGAAAUCGAUCCCUGGUGUACUUGCCAGUGCCAGCCAAGAAAGUAGCAGUACGUCCAAGAUUCAUCCAGGAGCGCCGCUAUGUCUAUCGAGGAAAGCACAGAUGCCAAGGUGCGGAACUAGCGAAAACGUUGGCAGAAACUGCACUGGAGGAUUGCAAGAAUCCACUCCAAAGGUGGGAAGUGAAACGGAAGGAAGGCUGCUGCGAGUCUGCGGACAAGGUGUGUCAGUCAAGCUUGGCAGGGCCAAUGCCUGUGAAGCCAGAGACGGAGAAUUCUGUGAAUUCCGAGAACAACGAUGCCAGCAUCAAAAGCAUCCAGUGCAUCCAGGCUGCGAAUGCGGAGGACCAGUCCGACCAGUCCGAGCAGGACAGGAUGGACAGGAUGGACAGGAACAGGAAUGAGAUCGACGGCAACGAAAAGGAACUGGAUGAGACACGCGACGUGGACAGCGAUUCAACCGCUGAAUGGCUUGAGGUGCUUGGAGGGUUUCCGGUGGAGGAGGAGGAGGAUGAUUACAUCGUUGUCAGAGAAGGCGACGCCGGAGAAGAGGUCGCCAAGAUGGAGACCAAGGUGCUCUCUACAGGAGAUGCGGUCAAGAGGUGA